AUGGCAGAGGUGAGCGGCGUACAGAUCCCAGAUGGGGAGUUCACCGCGGUCGUGUACCGGCUCAUCCGGGAUGCCCGCUACGCCGAGGCGGUGCAGCUGCUGGGCGGGGGGCUGCAACGGAGCCCGAGGAGCCGCGCCGGCCUGUCGCUGCUGGCCUACUGCUACUACCGCCUGCAGGAGUUCGCGCUGGCGGCCGAGUACUAUGAGCAGCUGAGCCAGCUGCACCCGGACGUGGAGCAGUACCGCCUGUACCAGCUAAUGAACAUGGAUGCCAAGCCUACAGAAGGGUUUGAAAAGCUUCAGUUUUUGCUCCAACAGAAUCCCUUUCCCCCAGAGACUUUCGGCAACCUGUUGCUGCUCUACUGUAAAUAUGAGUAUUUUGACCUGGCAGCAGAUGUCCUGGCAGAAAAUGCCCAUUUGACUUACAAGUUCCUCACAUCUUAUCUCUAUGAUUUCCUGGAUGCUAUGAUCACUUGCCAGACAGCUCCUGAAGAGGCUUUUGUGAAGCUUGAUGGGCUAGCAGGGAUGCUGACGGAGCAGCUUAGGAGACUCACUAAACAAGUACAGGAAGCAAGACAUGACAGAGAUGAAGAAGCUGUUAAAAAGACAGUGAAUGAAUAUGAUGACAUCCUUGAGAAGUAUAUUCCCGUGUUGAUGGCCCAGGCAAAAAUCUACUGGAACCUUGAAAAUUAUCCGAUGGUAGAAAAGAUCUUCCGUAAAUCUGUAGAAUUCUGUAAUGACCAUGAUGUGUGGAAGUUGAAUGUGGCUCAUGUUCUGUUUAUGCAGGAAAACAAAUACAAAGAAGCCAUUGGUUUCUAUGAACCCAUAGUUAAGAAGCAUUAUGAUGACAUCCUGAAUGUCAGUGCUAUUGUGUUAGCUAAC